CAUGGCAGGGUCCAGUAGAAGGAAACCCCCUUGGUGCUAACCUGCCACCCAAAGAAAGGUUGUUAUUUAUUGGGUAACAAAACAUGCAGACCUGGCACUCCACUGUUUGAUGGAACCCACCCUUCCAGUCCCCAGCACAGCCAUGUGUCUGCACUGGAGCCUGCUGUUUGUUUAGGGCAGGGAGAUGAUUUCUUCCACGCAGCACCAGGCAUGCUGUCAGCACUCAACAGAUACAUAACAAGAAGCAUGAGAAGCUGCGUUCCAGAGGCUGGGAGGAAGAGAGGGGUGGCUCUCCUUAAAAAUAUUGACAGAUGUAACGAAUAAUACAAUGACAUUGCAGAUCUCUAGUCUCUUCCACAUCUGGAUCUCAAAGCUUUUCCCAAACAAGAACGAACAAACCCUUCUGCCUCUCUGAGAAGCAGCAGUCGGAGAUGGAUGUCUCUCUUUGCCCUACCAAGUGCAGUUUCUGGAGGGUAUUUUUGCUCUGGAGCAUUUGGGGAGACUAUCUGCUUUCGGUGCUGGCUUGCCCUGCGAAUUGCCUUUGCAGCAAGAUAGACAUCAAUUGCAAGAAGCCGGAUGAUGGGAACCUCUUCCCUCUCUUGGAAGGGCAGGAUUCAGGCACCAGCAAUGGGAACACCAGCAUCAACAUCACGGACAUCUCAAGGAACAUCACUUCAAUACACAUAGAGAACUGGAAGAACUUGCAGACGCUGAAUGCUGUAGACAUGGAGCUGUACACGGGACUCCAGAGGCUGACAAUCAGGAACUCAGGACUUCGCAGCAUCCAGCCGCGAGCCUUUGCCAAGAACCCUCAUCUGCGCUACAUAAACCUCUCCGAUAACCGGCUUACCACACUGUCAUGGCAACUCUUCCAGACACUGAAACUUUCUGAAUUGACACUCGAAAGAAACCUUUUUAACUGCAGCUGUGACAUCCGCUGGAUUCAGCUCUGGCAGGAGAAGGGUGAAGCAAACCUGCAGAAACAGGAGCUGUACUGCAUGAACAUGGAGGCUGCUGUCAUUCCCCUGCAGGAGAUGAACAUCACCCAGUGUGAUCUGCCCGAGAUCAGCGUCAGCCACAUUAACCUGACUGUGCGGGAAGGUGAGAACGCGGUGAUCACCUGCAAUGGCUCAGGCGCGCCGCUGCCUGACGUAGACUGGACAGUUGCAGAUCUGCACUCCAUCACUACUCACCAGACGAACCUCAACUGGACUAAUGUUCAUGCCAUCAAUUUGACCCUGGUGAACGUCACCAGUGAGGAUAACGGGUUCCUCCUGACAUGUAUUGCUGAGAACGUGGUGGGAAUGACCAAUGCCAGCGUGCUGCUCACGGUCUACUAUCCACCACGCAUUCAGAGUCUGGAGGAGCCAGAGCUGCGUCUGGAGCAUUGCAUUGAGUUUGUGGUGCAUGGGAACCCAGCGCCCAGCCUUCACUGGCUACACAAUGGCCAGGUCCUCAGGGAGACUGAGAUCAUCCGCAUGGAGUUCUACCAGCAGGGUGAAGUGUCUGAGGGCUGUCUACUCUUCAACAAGCCCACUCACUACAACAAUGGCAACUACACCCUUGUGGCCACCAACCAGCUGGGGACAGCCAACCAGACCAUCAAGGGGCACUUCCUCGAGAAGCCCUUUCCAGAGAGUACGGAUAACUUUGUCUCAAUUGGUGACUAUGAAGUGAGCCCCACCCCACCUAUCACCGUGACCCACAAACCAGAGGAGGAUACAUUUGGGGUAUCCAUAGCAGUUGGGCUUGCAGCUUUCGCCUGUGUCCUCUUGGUGGUGCUCUUUAUUAUGAUCAACAAGUAUGGUCGACGGUCCAAGUUUGGGAUGAAAGGUCCCGUGGCAGUGAUCAGCGGGGAGGAGGAUUCUGCCAGCCCCCUCCAUCAUAUCAACCAUGGCAUCACCACACCCUCGUCGCUGGAUGCUGGCCCAGACACGGUGGUGAUCGGCAUGACCCGUAUCCCCGUCAUCGAGAACCCCCAGUACUUCAGGCAAGGCCACAACUGCCACAAGCCAGACACAUAUGUUCAGCAUAUUAAGAGGAGAGACAUCGUUCUGAAGAGGGAACUGGGAGAAGGUGCCUUCGGGAAGGUGUUCUUGGCCGAGUGCUACAACCUUAGCCCCACCAAGGACAAGAUGCUGGUGGCAGUGAAGGCUCUGAAAGACCCCACUUUGGCAGCCCGCAAGGAUUUCCAGAGGGAGGCAGAGCUGCUCACCAACCUGCAGCAUGAGCACAUUGUCAAAUUCUAUGGAGUCUGCGGUGAUGGGGACCCUCUCAUCAUGGUCUUUGAAUACAUGAAGCAUGGGGACCUGAAUAAGUUCCUCAGGGCGCACGGCCCAGAUGCUCUGAUCCUGGUGGAUGGGCAGCCUCGGCAGGCCAAGGGGGAGCUGGGGCUGUCCCAGAUGCUGCACAUCGCUAGCCAGAUUGCCUCUGGAAUGGUGUACCUUGCUUCCCAGCACUUCGUCCACAGAGACCUGGCAACCAGGAACUGCUUGGUUGGAGCCAACCUGCUGGUGAAGAUUGGCGACUUUGGGAUGUCAAGAGAUGUCUACAGCACUGAUUACUACAGGGAAGGGCCGCAUCCGAAGGGCCAAUGCAGCGCAGCGUGGCAGCGGCAGAGACUAGCACGACCAGCAGCUAAAACAGGAGUCUCUACCUUAUUCACUACACACCAUGCAACAUCUGCAGUGAAAGAGGAAAGGAUGCUAUGGAUACCACCUUCAUUCAUGACACACCAUGCAAUAUCUGCAAUGAAUGAGGUUGGAGGACACACCAUGCUGCCCAUCCGCUGGAUGCCCCCUGAGAGCAUCAUGUACCGGAAGUUCACAACAGAGAGUGACGUGUGGAGCUUUGGGGUGAUCCUCUGGGAGAUCUUCACAUAUGGGAAGCAGCCCUGGUUCCAGCUCUCAAACACAGAGGUCAUCGAGUGCAUCACCCAAGGCCGAGUCUUGGAGAGGCCUCGAGUUUGUCCCAAGGAGGUUUAUGACAUCAUGUUGGGCUGCUGGCAGAGGGAACCUCAGCAGCGGCUCAACAUCAAGGAAAUCUACAAGAUCCUUCAUGCUCUUGGCAAGGCCACACCAAUCUACCUGGACAUCCUUGGCUAGCAGUGGCCACUUGUCAAAAGUUCCUGCUCCUUCCUUCCUCCACCCUCCCCACCUCCUCUUCUCCCCGACCCCUUCAGCCCCAAGCAAACAUCUUCAUAUAAACUCAAGUGCCUGCUACACAUACAACACUGAAAAACAAAACAAAACAAAAAAAACCAACAACCUGUAAGGCAGUUUGGCUUAUAUAUAUUUAUAGAUAUAUAGAUAUAGAUAUAUAUACCUUCCACACCAAUACAGAAAGAAGCUGCUGUUACAGAAACUAGAAGACUUUAAAAAACGAAACAAAAAAGAAGAGAAGAAACUUAAAGUACUUAAAAAAAAAAAAAAAAGGAGGAAUCUUUUCCCCCAAGCUGUGGAGCAGUGAAACAUGACCCUGCUGUGCUUUGUGCGCUCGCUCAAGACUCUUGCUAGUGCAGAGACGCAGUCCCAGGGAAAAGCUCUGGGAGGAGGCCCUGCCCCAUUUGUAAGAUAUGCACUGAAUGUGUGACUCAGUUCCCGCCCCCCCCCCCCCCCGCCCGCCCCGGCGUUCGGGCUCUGAGCCAGGGCAGUGCCCCUGGAGGAACUUGCAAUUCCACCCGCCCACCUUCCCACCCUUUUCCUCCUUUUGACAUUGCAGGACAAUUUUUCUAAUUUGCCAAUUCUUAAAUGUAUCGACUCGAGGCUUUCGGAACAUACAGUAAAGGAUCGCGGCACCUACGGGUAAACCACACACGAGAAACAGCCACCCUCCCACAGAACACAGACCAGAGGAACUGAACCUUUCUAUUGCCCAGCACCAGCCCUUGGUCAGACUCUGGGGAUCAGUGCCGGGGACCAGAGCAGCUGCCUGGGAGAGCCAUACAGAGAGCAGAGUUGGGGAGGGGCCUGUGCCAUUCUAAGGAUGCUUUGACCACACGUCGGCAUGCGGGACAGGCACCCAGCCCAUGCAUCGCCCCCAAACGGGGCGGUUUUGAAAGCAAAACCCUCCGCCCUGCUUAUUUUGCCAGGGGACAUGAUAGAGAUGUGAGGAGAGCCCCCGUCAUAUAGAUGGGCCAAAUUCAUCCCUGGCGCAUUGGCACUGAAAUCAGGGCUUUCCCCCCAGGGUGUAUUCAAAGGCUGUAGUUUGUUAUCUGGCUGGGGACUGACUUGCACUUCCACAGGGGUGCUCUUCAGGGUUAGUAUGCCAUGCUGCCCCUCCUCUCUUUCCCCCACCCCCACCAUCCACCCCCCUCUCCCUUGGUCCAGUACCUAGCAUAUCUGCCAAAGGGGUGGGGGGGGACAGGGGAAACGAAGGGGUCUGGGAGAUGGCUGGGAACCUAUCAGCACCUGCCCAGGCCCUGUUGACAUUCCCCUCACGUCUCCAGGCCCUGAAAGGAUUGAUGCAUCUGCCUUUGAGUUGCUGUGAAAAUGCAGAGGCUGAAGAAUAGCUCCACUGGCAGCCCGGGGAGCUGGGGGAGGGGAAGGUGGUUCCUUCCCGAGGAGACAGCUCAGCAAAUGGCCACUGCAGCCAGCCUUGCAUGUCAAUGAGGACAAAGGCCUGGCCAAGGAGACGGGGACAGCCAGGGGAGGGGGAGAGAAGCAGCCCCUGUCCCAUGCCCCCAUCAAUAAAAGGAAUCAGCCUCCUGGCGAAAGGCUUCCUCAGAGACAGGCUCCUGCUUGAAGCAGGCCUGGGAAACAAACGUUUCUGGUUCAUUUCUCCUCCGGCUAAUGGAGGACGAGGGGAGAACAUGCUGCUUGGCAGCUCCAGCCUGGAGGAGCCUGGAGCACGGGAGCCGCUGUCGAGGCAGAGUCUGAAAGGUGACCGCUGCAGACCCAGAAAUAGCUUGUUGGGAUGUGGCCCUUGUCAUGGAAGGAGUGGGGGGAUCUUCUCUCUCCCUCCCCCCAGCACUCCCUGCUCAGAGCAAUUGACAGGGCAGGCUACAUUCGAGAAAAGAUCCUUCUGUCCAGCUGGCGACGUAGUUGUGGUGUGCUGCACAGAGGACACCCCCAUCCCCUCCCCCCUACAAUCACCCCAUUUGUCUGGAGCUGUCUUGUUCAUGGCUUAAAUCAGAGGAGGGGGCCCUGGCACAGGGAGGGGCAGUAAGCAGAUCCAGGGGAAGGCCUCUCUGGUGCUAGUGGAGCGGAGUCUGCAGGGGCUAAGGCUGCUGGAGAGGGAUGGGUGCAGUGGCUUAUUUGGCUGAGGCGGUGCUUGCUGUACUAAAGGCAUUGGCGAGGGGAGUGGAGACAAAACGUGACUCUUCGGCACGCCUUACAAAACCCAGGAUCUGUCGGUGCUUGGCGGUAACGGGCAAGGCCAGUGCAGCAGGCUCUGGAGUUGGGGCAGCGUGCAGGGCCGUUGGUGUUACAAUGCUGCAUGAUUGUGUACGGGUCGCUUUGGAUAACAGAACUGAGCUGUUGUCAGGAAGACAGGCAAGGAAGGGGCGCUAAUGGCCCCAGAGAUCAUAGAGAACCACAGUCUGCUGCACCACUCCCCCCAUGCUCUGCAUGGCUUUGUUCUCCUGGGGCAGCUGGACAACGGGAGCUGGCUUUGGUGAGGGGGCCAUCCAGUCUCUCCCCUUCCCUCCCACUCAUUUAACUAACCCUUCAAACCCCUUCCCCCAGUCAUAACACCCAUAGACCCCACAAUUCCAUGUUAAAUUCAGGAGCACCCCACCCUCCAGCCCUGCUGCAAACUAGGGAUUUCUCCUCCCCCGUCCCACGAGUGGUGGGUUCCCCAAGCCAGCUCUGUGUGUGGGCACCUGAGCAAGGAAAGACAUCAGGCGUGAAUGCAGCAUGGAUAUUAAUAACUGGUCUAAUGAAAGGAGAGGAUGUUGCCCCCUGAAAGAUGUUAAGCUCCUGACACCGAGAUUCAGGCUGUCACACUGCCCUGUUCUUAGCCCCACCAAAUGCAAUUAUGGCACUGGGGAAAGGUUCUCUUGUCAAAGCUUGUUUUGAGCAGCUGCUCAGCAAAAAAGCAAGGCAGGGUUGAUACCGUGGAAUGGAGUCAUGAUUCCCCUGCUGCCGCUGCUUUGGGCCUAUGGGUGUUGGGUUUAGCUUCUGUUUGUUUUGUUUCUGUACGGGUGAGAGGAAAUAGUUGCAGAUGUGCUGUGGGAGUUGGGAAGGACGCUGGGCCAAGUUACAGGGGAGCAUACCAGGAGUCUCCUGUUUGCCGGAAUUAAUAUGGAGCCCCUUUAGUCUGCAUGGGUGGGUCUCUCACCCACCCCAGGACCAGAAGUUCUUGAUGGCUGUGAAGCCUGUGUGGUCCCACUGUGUCAAAGCGCAGGAUUUGGGGAAACCCAUGCAGUGUGCCUCAAAGCAAAGGUCUACUCUAGAAUGUGGGUGCCUUUGUGGACAAGGGAGGCACAAGUGACUCCAACAUUGUGCAGAUCCUCCAUUUGCUCCCCCCGUGAAGAGGGCUAGCUAUCGCUCUGCUGCCAGGAAUGCCAGGGCUCUCCCCCAGCCUGGUUCCUUGUGUCAUGCCCCAAGGACAGCAGUUGGCUCUGGCUUAGGCUUAUUUCAAUUCCCGUCCCCACACCAGGGCAUUCCCAUUACUCUCCUCCUUUCACUGAGCUGGUCCUGAAUGCCUUGUGAAAGGGGAGGUGGGCCAGACCCAAAGGCAGUCCUGGACCUUAGCUGAGAACUGGACUGUUGCCCUUCCUUGAACUGGCAGUGGGGCACUUUUAUUUAGGGAAAAGAUUAACCCAGGCAAAUCCCUUUGAGGGUUUCACCUAGAUGGAAACCUGCUGGGUAUGAGGGCACUGGAGCUGUGCUGUGGUUGGCCCUGGGUUGUGGUCUCAGUGACCUCAUGUUGUUUGUUUGGGUUUUUUUCCAUAUCUUCUGUGGUUUCCAGUUUCUAACAUUUAGGUGAAGCAGAUACUUCUUGCGGGUGGGCCAUUGAGCACUCAGUGUUUAAAUAGGGCUCAACCCCCGCUCUUGAAGUCAGCCUCUUCUUUUGCAUGCCUGUAUUGUUCCUCACACAACUCUCUACACUCCAGUUUUUGCACACACCUCUAAGACUUGGAUGGUCAUUACAAGCUUUGCAUGUGCAAACCUGAUCACCUGGCACAUGCAUGUGAGUUCAAGGUUUUGAAUUUGCAUGAACGUGGGUGUGAAAAAUGGCAUGCAAAAACUUCAGUGUGGAGGAAUACAUGUGCAAAAGCAAGUGUGAAAAUGUUGGGGUUCCAUUAUAGAGGCUGCUUUUGAAAAUGUGAUCCUCAAAGCUCCUGUAGUGGGUAGAAUAAGCUGUCUCAGGCAGCGCUGGGAAAAGGCCUCGUAAGGAAAGGGACAGUAUUACAAAUCCAGUGCACUGCUUGGGUUAAGUAAACCAUAGUUGUAUUAGGAAGGGCUAGUGUCAUAUUAAAUCUCAAGUGGUGGUGAUGGUAGAAACUGAAAUAAACAAAAACUAAAUUGUGUGACUGGGACUACAGGAAAACGAGGCUAUAAUUCUAGGCAAACACUGGCAAAAAAGCAAAGGUCGCUAGCAGGCAGGGGUCUGAACUGUGCUGUGUUGUGAGCUUUUCUGGGUCUGAAAUACCAGCAGAACAAGGCCUGAGCAAUAUUAAACCUUUCAGGGACAAAGACAGGGAAAUCCAAAGCUAAGGCUGCUGUUUUCUCUUCCAAAGAAAGGCUUUUACCUGUCAGGACCCAAGUGCAGUUGCUGCCUAAUAUGCCAGCGAUACCGGCAACUGUAACUGCAGAAACACAGAACCCGGGUCUCGGCAGGUGAGUGAAGAAGGAAUUGAUUUAAGCGCUGCUGUUCAUUGGGUGUAUUUAUUUGUCAUUGGUGAGUCUGCAUCUAAAGUGUGUUCUGUUCAGAGCUGGAAACUUAGGCAAUUCUAUUACGGUUGCGUAUUUAUUUUUAUAAUGAGGCAUUUUACUUCCGGCACCCAGUGGUGACUCUCAUUUUACAGGCUGAAUGGAAAAUGUUGCAUUCAAGCUUAGUAGCCUAAUGUACUGACAGAGAAGGCCCUCCUCGCUCUCUGCAGGUGACUUUUACACCUCAGGGUGGCCCCAUUCCGGGCUUCCCCCUCCUCUGGGGCAGCUGUGCCAGUUUACUAGACUAAGACCGUGGCCCAUGCCCAGUGCCUUCCUGUACAGUUACACAUGUUCACCUCUCCUGGGGCUUAGCAGCUGAAGCUCGGUUGCACACCACUAAAUGGGAAGCUGGCAGUGGUGCCAUGCUGAGGCCUAGCCUACAGAAACCUGACUGAGAAUGCGAGGGAGAGCCUAGAGUAUCUGUCCUACGAGGACGUGCCAGUUUCGGGGCAGGGAAGAACCAAUUGUUGAGAAGACAGACACACCAGAAAGGAUAGCUUGCCCCCUUGGCUUUCCAUUCAUCGGGACUUGGUUUAAGCCUCUAGGAUUUUUUGUACAAAGAGGGGGAGGAUUUAAUGUCUGACAGGAUAUUUAGCACUUGGGUCAUUCACUUUGCAUGGGCCAGGUCUUGGCUGCGAAGCAGUCCCUCCUGUU